UGGCUUCAGAAACUCUCGCACCUUUUGAGAAGUUGUCUCUGUGUCUUCGGUGAAGGUUCAGAAAGCUUCUCAGCAGGCAGCGGGACUCCCGAGCCUUCUGGGAUGGCCGCCCUUUUUUUCCAUCCCUCCUUCGCCGCCAGUUUGGAGCCGAACCAUUGUUCAGAGGAGAGAAAGGUACCCAUACCGGAACCCAUCCUUCGUUUUUCCCUUUUUGGGCCUCCUGGGCGGCUUUCGUCGCCACCGCUGGAUUCGCCUUGGAAUUCUGGUCAGCAUGCAGUCCAGCAGAGGUCUGGGGAGAAGCGGUACCCGUAUUUUUUUGUUUCCCAAGUUGAUCGGUUUCCGUGCACCAUGCCGCGCUGAGGCGGGGCCAGGAAGAGAAGAAGAAAGCACGGCAUAAACAGAAGUGUUGGGAGCUCCGCGCGGGUUUCUCGGAUCGACGUUGGGCCCCCCGCCCUGGCGCGCGGAGCGCGCCAGGGGUGGUGCCGGAGGCGCCGCGUGGGGGGGCUCCAGUUGUCUGACACUCUGCGAAAGGAGCCCAAAUUUGGUACGGUGCAUGGGCACGGUUCUCGUAGGAGGAGGGACGUGUCAGGGGAGCGGAGCUGCCCGCUGCUAGACUCAAGGAGCACGGGGUGUUGCGCGGACUCUUCGAUGGAGUGCUUCGAGAAGAACAGGGAGUGGGCCACCUGCAUGGAGACGUGCGAGCCUGGAGAGCACGAGGAGGACCCCGAGGACCUGCGGACCCCCUGGAGCUGCAAGCGUCCCAGCGCCUUCUGCUUCGACGCGUUCCAGCAGUGCGGCGGCCACGGCCACCCGGCGAAGGCGGCUACUUGCUGCAAGCCUGGCUGCAGGUGUGAUUCUUCGUUCAAGACCUACAAUCAGUGCCUGCCGAUCUCCGACACCGCCCUCUCGUGCGAGGAGGCCGCCUCCGCAGGCAACGCCUCCGCCGACGACGCCGACGCCGCCGGCAACGCCUCCGCCGACGACGCCGACGAGGGGGAGGCCGCGGUCGUCCGGCUGGCGUCCACGCGCGAGGAGCU